AGUGGGGAUCAAGCAAAGACCGUAACAUUCCAAAAAAGUUUAACCCUUAAUUUGAUCAGAAACAUUCCGUUGAUCUCGAAAAAUGUCAAGUACUUAUGGUCGUGAGUGUUAAUUUAUUAUUCGUGCUGUCCCGUGUCUGUACGACUGAGAUGUGUUUUCCCGUGGAUAAUGUGCCAAAAGGUUGUUGCUGAUCUACAUUGUGGAUUUGUGUUCGUCUGUUUUUGUUACUGUUUAUAAUUGUCAACAUGUCCUCUUGCAUGGAUCGGCUUUCGCAAAUCGUUGGGCUGGCCAAAAGUAAAAAAGUGACCGAUUACAAGAAAGCCAUCAAGCUACUGCUAGAAUUUUGGGAUGAUAACUCAGAAUUUGCUUUACAGCAAAUAACUGAGUAUUCACAGAAGCCUGCAGCUGAGAAGGCGUCCGAUUCGUAUUCAUGGAACGAAAUUUUUACGAUUGUUCAUGAAUUGUUUAUGACCGAAAUUGACAGAAUUAGCAAACUUCGUGGAAAUUCCGGCUCACUUGACAAGGAAAGAAUAAUAAAACUUGUUUAUGCUACUUCAGAAAAAGCAAAGUAUCACUUGAAGCCAAAAGAUGUUGUCAUUUCGACCCUUCAAGUUUUACAGAUUGAUGUUUGUAAUAUUUAUCACCAGUAUUAUGGAAUGUACCUAGGUAUUUUGAAAAAGUACGUGCUUCAAGAAAGAUCCCAACAAAUAAAAGUUGCUCACAGUCAUUGGACAGAACUACUUGAUACUUGUGUUUCACUGAUUACAAAUAUUGUUCCUGAUGUGAACUACGUUGAAGUUCUUGAAACUAUUGAAUUAAUUGUUCGGUAUGGUUCAUCAUUGUCAAAUUUGUUGUACGAAACAAAAAAACUGUUGCCAAUAAUAGGUAAAAUUUUGGAAAACUUUGAACUUCACAACAUACAAAUUGUUGUGGAUAGUAGAUUCAUAAUAUGUAGAUUUGCAGAGAAUAUGCCAUUGUCAUUGAUUAGCUUAAAGGGUCCAGAAGAAAAGUAUAAGUUAUACCUUUUGUUUAUACAAGUUCAUCAUCCAAAUGGUGCCAUAGUAGGAAAUAAUGAUUAUUAUGCUUUUGAUGACGAAAAGUGGAAAGCAAUACUCACACUAUUGUUCAAAAUGAUUUUGAACGACAUUAAACCUAUAAAAUUACCAAAAAGUUUCAUUGACUUGUCCAGUGAAGUUUUUAGACAACACAUUUGCAACGAUUUACCGAGUUUAUCACAAGCAAGUAGUUUUCAUAAUAGUAUAUACAUUCAGCCCUCAAAGAAGAUGCGCAUCGAAGAUCAGGAUAAAAUUGUAAAUCUUGUUAAUGAUAAAGACCCAAUGAGAGCUUGGCCCAUAAUUCAGAUAGCUUCAGUUUUGUAUAAAAAGUAUCCAGGUUGCUUGAGAUUCAAUGAGUACAUCGAAUUUAUAGAUAUUACGGUGAAGCUAAUGCAUCAAGCGAGUAAAAAUUAUCCCAUAAUGGAAAACCUCUGUGAGCUUGCAACAGUUUUCAUCCAGAAUUCACAAAGGUAUGAAGAGGAUUUAAAAAUUCAGUGGGACAAAGUCUGGGAUGCUGUAUUAAGGUAUUUAAGUAUGAGUCACAAUGACAUUGUUAAAAAGGGCUAUAUAUUGGUGCAAAAUUUUAUUUCUCAUAAAAAAGUAUCAAAUCCAAACUCUCUAUUGCGAUUGUAUUCAACCAACUCGAUACAAUGGUCUAGUUACAGUAUUCAAACUUUAAUAGUAUUUUGUGAAAAUUUUGUUCUGCCAAAUAGUAUUGAUACCCAAGAUGGAAACUUAGCACAAAUCCCUAGUGAUACUUUAAAACUAAAAUUAUUGCAAAUUACAUUAAACUCGUUUACAAAACGACUAGCAAACUUCGUGUCAAUCGAAGAAAUGAGCAAAAUUUUAAUUGGCCUCACAUUGAAAUCUUGGUACAAGAAAGUUAACGACAAAGAUUUUGAAAAUAAGAGGUACAAUUUUGUAAAUUUAGAUAAUAACUUUUAUGAUGAUCUAAAACCAAUCACAACAGAAGAUAUUGAGCAGUGCUAUGUAUCCUUUAAAUUAAAAGUAGAUUUUGCUUUCAAUCAGAAACAAAGUUGUAAUGAUGUUCAAACAUCAAAAAAAGAUGAUCAUGUGGAUAAUCCAUAUCUUGCAGAGAAUCUAGAUUUUCUUAUCAACAGUUUGAUACAAAUGAUGCAAAUAAACAAUCCAGACCAUGAUUUAAGCUUGUUUAUCAACAAAACAUCAUUGAUUGCUCAAAUAAUAACAGAUUUAAAAGCAAUGGGUAUGAUACAGUGCAGUUUUGAUGAAUUUUGUUUAGUCAAUGAGUUCAUUUCAUGUUUAAAUAAAAUUGUUGAGCAAGUUGUUAAUAUUAAUUGGUCUAAAUCAAUACGACAUUGUUUAGAGGUAACAAAAGCUUUGAUUUCAUUUUUUCAAGCAAAGUAUGAUGUGCGAGUCAAUGAAAUAAUUCUGUCGUUGAUAGACAUACCUUUUCAUUGAAAGAUAAACGAAAUCCCAAAAAUAAAAAUUAAUGAAUUUGUAGAAGAUACUAAACUAUCUUGUUGUAAAAUAAAUGCCAAUACAGUGCUGGCACUGUAUUGUUCCAUCAAUACAGGAACACAAAUGUCAGAUUUGCAAUACAAGAUUAUGAGUACAGUUUUAAAAAUUAAAAAGUACUGCUUAUCUGAUAAAGCUGAUGUAAUAUGUGUUAUUACUUUCUUGGAUAUAUUUGCCAGUUUUCCCAGUAGCAUGGUGUCCGAAGAAUUUACAGAGAUUUUAAUGGACUUCUUAAUGCAAUUGUAUGACCAUUGGCAAAGCGAUGACAGAUUUAACUGUUGCCUCUUGAAGUAUUUGCCAAACAUUUUGGACAAAAUCAUGAAUGAUAAAAAUCAAGUGCACAAUAUUCUUAUGAUUUUUAAAUUAUUUCAUAGUCGAUUUUCCAAAGGAGCAUUUGGACAUUUAUCACAUUUAACCUUUGUACAAAGUCUGAACAGUAUUGUCCAGCAUAAAAUAUUUUCCAACACCGAAAUCGAAGUGCUGAAACACGACGUAUUCAUAGAUUUCAUCAAGAGUCCCUACUAUUUUGUAAGAUUGGAAAGUUUGAAGUACCUGUAUUCGAUAUUUUCCAUGAAACACAUAAGUUGUAAGUGGAAAAGUGAUUUUUUUGACAAACUAAAGGAUGUUCUGUACAGUAUGUUUCUCAUGCAAAAAGAUCUUAGUGAAGAUGAAAAACAAGAGGAGAAGUUAUUGCGACGUGUGAGCGUUGCCCAGAUAUUAGCUACUAUCGUUUGUAGCGAAAGUAUUUACCGAAGCCCUGCACUGCUUUUACUAUUACAAAUUUACAUUGAUAAAGGUAUUGAUGAAAACAUUAUAACAAAAGUUUUACAAGCAAUCAACAAAACGAACUUAUCUUCCAAAUCCAUAAUUGAAGAGAAUUUGAAUUAUUUGUUGACGUACUGGUGUCGAGAUAGCAGUUUCAAUAUGUUUCCUUUUGCACUUCUUGACUGCCAGAAUGAGACUGAUUUUAGUAGUCGUUACCUUCCAUGUGUAUUUCCUGCAUUAAUUCGUGAGGGUAAGAUAGAAGACGCUAAAAAUUUUUGCAACAGAUUUGAGGUUCCAUUUGCUCAAGCUUUUGAAGACUGCUUUUCGAAAAUUAUACCUUGGAUGUUAGUUGAAAAAGUAGAACUACUUAAACAGUCGAAAGACAACAGCGGAAUUUUUCAAGGGACUCGCAACUUGACAGUGCUUGUAAAAGACAACUUACAACAAAUUAUUAUACAAGCAGUUCAACGAUUACACGAUCUUAAUAAUUUCUACGAAAUAUUCGGAACAACUGUCGAUUUACCCGCAUCGGAUCCUCCACACUACAAAAGCGAUGAAGUCGAACAGUGUUUCGUACGCCUCACAAAAAUAAUUGGUAGUGGCGAAUCCCAUCAUUCUAUCGUCUACUUUAUCAUAGCUCGCAAACCAAGCGUCUUUCAAAAAGUAUUAUUACAACUAGUGCGUCAAAUUUACACCAACCAGCUUAGCGAACACAAAGCUAAAGCUCUCCAUCAGUAUGUUUACUUAUGCUCGAGAAUUGUCCAAGAAUUACGUGAAAGCUACUGUGAUUCUGUUGCGACGUAUUUCAUACGUGAUAUCGGCUGUACUCUAUUGAACUUAACGAAUCUGGAAGAUAAAUUUAUUACAAAAUUGGCAUGCAAGUAUUUACAUACUAUGCUUGAGGAUCUUUUACCCCAAAGAAGCGAACAAGUAGGCAACAUUCUCAAUCAGUGUGUUAAAACACUAGUACCCUUGAUUCGCAGUCCAAAUGAAAAUUCUCCACCCAAAGAAGUACUCGUAUAUUUGUUGAGGGAUAACAAACAGAUUUUAGCCAGAGCAAUUAAAACGUUGAGCAGCUUGCCAAGUUUCCUCAAAUUAAACGAUGAUCUUGACACAGAAUCCGAGUUUCUGCGGGACAACGUGAGCCACUUUUUAAGUACAAGUGAUGACAAAAAUUGCAAUAUCGACAGCCUUUUAAAUCUGAAACGACAACUGGCUACAAAAACGUCGCAACUCGAAGAAAUGUACGAAAAAUUAGGAUCGUUGCAAGGCUUUGCCGAACACUGUGCCUCAAGUUUAUUGCACCGUUUAAUUUACCGAUUGAUUCGGUUGUCUGAAUCCACUGACACAAAAAUUGCAAUCAAGGCAGCUAAGUGCUUAGGAGUUCUUGGGCCUGCUGAUCUUAGCACCAUGAUUCUCCAUCCACAGGAAAGUCAGCGACGUGAAACUUUUGACAAAGCAGAUAUACUAACUCAUAAUGUUUGCAAUCUGCUGACAGAAUUCAUAGUAAGUAGUGAUAUCGAAGUUCGUACUGCAAGUAGUGAAGCGCUCUAUGCUGUUCUGAAAUCACCUUGGGGAAUUCGACUACUUUCUGACAUGGAAUUUGAAAGCACCACUCACUUCAAUCAGUUAUUCAAAGAUUUUCUGUAUCCCUUUAGAUCAUCGCAUGAAUCAACUUCAAGUAAUGCAGCAAGCUUCAAAAUUGACGUAGAAAAAUUUGAGAGUACUUUUGAUCCACAAAAUCCGCACUGGUCUAAAUCAUCGAGCGGCGAUUACACCUCCUGGGUUGCCUCUAUCACAUCAGCAGUAGCCAACUGUCUUAAUGGAUUUUACGGCACAAGUCUUAUUUCGCUCUUUCAUUUGAGCGUACAGUUUUGUGAGGCAACUUUGCCUCGUCUUAUCAGCCUUCUAAUUGACACGUACCCUAAUUUAUCAACUAAUAUUUGUCAAUGCGUGAAUCGUCUGUUUAAUUAUCACUUUAAUGUACGUGAUGUUGGACAAGCCGUUGUAGGUGUAUCACAUAAACAGUUGAACGAAUCGUGCGAUGCUAUUCGUUGCAUGCUGGAUGUAGUAAAUCACUUACGAAUCCAAUCAAAUGAGCAAGUACACUUGGACUUUGACUAUUUGCCAAUAGCUAUGGCUGCUCAGUUCAGUUCAGCUUAUUUUUCUUCGAUUUUGUACGCUGAGCUGUGGUGCCGAUCAAACUUGAAAGUUGUGCGUGACUUUGACAGCAUACCGAUUAUUGAUCAGGUUUAUGAGAAAGACAACAAACUUGGAAAAAUUGUGCAGGAUAUACUCAAAGAGGCUUAUAUUAAAAUUGGUGAUCCAGAUUCAGUUUAUGGUUGUGGUUCCUCGCAUUUACAAAAUCGCAAGUCCAGAAUACCGUAUUACACGAAUUUUCAGAAAUUAGACAAGGUUUUACUUUCACACGAUAUAGAGUUAAGCAAUGGAAAUCUUCCCUUUAGAGGAAUGAUCAAUGCUUUAAGAAAGUCAAGUCUAUACUAUUUAGCUAAACAUUUUUCAACUAGUACGCCGAUGGAAGUAGAUUCAGUGGACGAUUUAUGUUACGAUACUUUAUGGCGAUUGGGUGACUGGAAUCAAAUUUCAAGUUUCAGAAUGCCUCAGUCGACAAAGAAAAUCCAUGAUUUUUCUGUUUAUCAUUACGAAGCUUUAAAAAGUCUACAUGAAAAUGAUAAAAGUACAUUACAAAAGUGCCUUGAACAAGCUCACCUCUGCGUCAUUAAAGAACUAUCCAGUAUUAGUCUAGAAAGUUGCAAAGCUAUUUAUCCAAAACUUACUCAACUACAAAUGCUUAGAGAAAUUCAAGAAUAUAGUACUACAAAUACGGACGAUAUUGAAAUUCUACUUGCUGAUUGGAAAAAACAUAAGUACAUUUACAACAAUGAUUUUCAGUACAUUGAACCUAUUCUGUCUCAAAGGGCCGUAAUAUUUGAAAUGCAUAACUUUUCAAGUAACAACGUAAUUGUUAAAAAUGCUCUUAUUAACACUCGAUUAGAUACAGCUCGAUUAGCACAGCAACAAGGAAGUCUUAACACAGCUGCACGCGCUUUAGAAACUUUAUUAAAGCAGACAGAUUUAGACGAAGAGACUGAAAAUCGCAUUCUUUAUCACGAAGCACGUCUGGCUUGGGUGAGAGGGGAUGAAGAUUUGGCUCGUUUUAAUCUCCGUUCUCUAAUAAAUAAAGAUGAAAAUUCAAUAAACUCAAAUUUGCUUGCUCACGCUUUACGCGUCUACGGUAAUUGGAUAGCUGAGAAUAAGUCUGAAAAUCCUCAGGUCAUCAUUUCUAAAUACUACGAUGAAGCGGUUAACCUAUACAAAUCGAUGCCUAAUUGCAGUCCAGAUGAUUUGAGUGACUCUUGCAAAGCUCGUGCUGCUUUAGCUCAAUUUGCACAUGAGCAAUACAUAAUGAUAACAGAAUACUUACAAUCACCGCAAUUCGAAAGUCUAAGAGAAUGUAUUUAUCAUUCACGCAGUGUUGCGGAAAAAAAGGUGAAAUCUACUGAUCAAGACGUGGAACGUGCACUAAAAAUCAGUUCGAGGCAGACUCAGAAUGAUUUCAAUGAAAUGCAAAACAUAUUUAAAGACAGGAAUUCAUUUUUAUCAAUAGCAAUCAGUCACUACUUAAGUACCCUACAAGACAGUGAUGAACAUGAUCUUCUUAUAUUCCGCCUCGUCUCGCUUUGGUUGGACAAUAUGCAUAAUGAAGAGUUAAACAAACUUUUCGAUUGUCAUUUGCUUCAAAUUCCAUCGUACAAAUUCGUGCCGUUAGUGCCGCAACUCGCACCUCACAUGAGCAACGUACUUGAUACAUUUAGCCAAAAGAUAUCACUAAUUCUUGAACGCUGUGCCAAGGAUCAUCCCCAUCACACGUUACCAGUUUUGUUGGCUUUAAAAAAUCUGUAUAACGAUUCUAAGUAUUGUGAAAAAAAAAUUAUGACUCAUGAACCACGAGUUAUUGGUACUCAACAACUUAUUCAAAAGCUUGGAUCCACACAUAUACGACCGAUCAUACAAGAGAUGGAUAAACUGUCAGACGCAUUAGUUCAACUAGCUUAUUUUGAUGUGGAUAAGAAAAAGGCUAUGAUCGCAAACUGCCCGAUACCUAAGAAAUUGAGUCUACAUGAAGUUAAAAAUUUUCAAUACUCCAUGGUACUUACAUUACCCAUCGAUGUAAGAAAAGAUGGAAACUAUUCGGAUAUUAUAAGUACACGGAAGUACGAAGAUAAUUACAGUAAUGUUGGUGGAAUAAACGCUCCUAAAAAGAUUAUAUGUAUUGGAACUGACGGAAUCCGAAGACCUCAAUUAGUGAAGGGUGCCAAGAAUAAUGCACCUUUGAGAUUAAAUGUUUUCCGUGACUGUUGUGAAAAUUUGCGACCAGCAUUCCAUCAUUUCUUGCUUGAAAAUUAUUUAUCGCCCGAGACGUGGUUUGAACGCCGAUUGGCUUACACACGAAGCGUGGCAACAACAUCGAUAAUUGGAUACAUUCUUGGUCUUGGAGAUAGGCACGUUUCAAAUAUUUUGAUUGAUAAAACAACAGCGGAAGUUAUUCAUAUAGAUUUUGGUAUAGCAUUUGAACAAGGUAAAGUUUUACCAACACCAGAAACAGUUCCAUUUAGACUGACAAGAGAUAUCGAAGUGGCCAUGGGAGUUUCAGGAAUAGAAGGAACAAUGAGACGGUGUUGUGAAGAAACUAUGUCUGUUUUACGAAAACAAAGAGAAAUUAUUGUGACUUUAUUAAGGGUUUUAUUGUACGAUCCACUUUAUUCGUGGGCUAUCACCCCAGCCAAAGCUGCCACAUAUCAAAGCGAAAAUUCUUCUAGACUGAGUGAAAGCAGUAGUCCAGGAGAUCCCUUCUCCAAAUGCAGUAAACCUCCUUAA